GUAGCAAAAGGAGAUGGAGGGAGAGAGAAUGAGAGAAGAAGAGGCAGCUGACAGCUUAAAGACACAGAAUAACGCCAGCUUUGUGUCCCACAUGUUGGCCAACAUAACCAAUCAACGAUCAGUGGAUGGAUGGAUUUACUUUUUUGGUGGAAGUUAUUGCGACUCCAUGAGCAGUCUGCUGCUCCCGAUGGUCGUGCUUCAGUGCACAUAUGUAGGAGCUCUCCAGGUGAUUGGUGGAAGUGUGACAGUCAUUCAAGGAGGCACUGCUAUCCUACCGUGCCAUGUCAUUGAUACCAAUGAUGACCUGACACAGAUUUCCUGGCAGAGGAAGACGAGAGAAAAACCUCACAAUGACAAUUUCCUCACUAUCUUACCCAGAGAGGGACCACAGUUUGUCAAUGGAGGUGAUGAUCGAUUUAAAUAUAUUGGAAAUUUUAAUGAAAAAAAUGGCACUCUCCAAUUAGCCAAUGUUGCCCUGAAGGAUGAAGGCAGAUACACGUGCAUCUUCACCUUGUUUCCCAGUGGAAAUCAGAAGACUGAGAUACCUCUAAAUUUGCUUGUGCCUCCUUUCACAAACGUGAAGGACAAUCUUCCCACUUUGGGCAAAGAAGAGGUUUUAUUUGCUACCUGCACGGCUGCUGGAUCGAAGCCUCCUGCAGAGGUGAGGUGGCUCACUGGUGCUUUGGGAGACAAAGUGAGGACGACAACAAACUCCACACAUUAUGACAAUGAUACAACUACCACAGUCAGCUCAUUGUUUGGCGUACCUACGAGAGAGAUUAAUGGUCACCAGGUCCAGUGUGUCAUCAGUGGUGACUCCUUUUUUACAGAAGAAACCCUGCCCUUCACCAUACAGGUCUACUUCUCUCCCACAGAAGUGAACAUUAGAGCAAUUUCAGAGGACUCAUUUGAGUGUGUGACAGAAGCCAACCCAAGCGCAAACUUUACCUGGAGCAGUUUACAGCACAAAUCGGUCCAUGGGGGAUACCAUCACCAUUACCCUUCACAGAGCGCUAAGCCAUCUAGAGAACAGGAAGAGCUAUGUGAGGAUGCUCUAGCUUUCAACACCAUAAUCUUAUCAUCACCUUCAGAUGCCCCUCCCACCUGGUCCUGGAUCAUAGGUUCCAUCACCACCUGGCCCCAAUCAGUCAUACACCCCUCAUCCAAAUCUGUCUCCACUUUCAGGUUUCCUGGCGCCCACAUCUCUGCCAACCUCACCUGGACCCAAAACACCAUUGCCCUUGUAAAGAAGGCCCAGUAGUAGCUGCACUUGCUCCUUGUACUGAGAAAGAAUAACUUGAACCAGUAGCUGCUGCUGGUCUUCUAUUUCUCCUCAGUGGAGAUCGUGCUCUCCUACUGGCUGGGUGCUUGGUAGGCUGCACAAGGGGGGAAUUAACACUACCCAAAAAAUCAUAAGUUACCUUCUGCCAUCCAUGGAGGCUGUUGCCAGAUUCUCCUGUCUCAGGAAGACAAAGGCCAUCACAGGCGCUCUGGACGGCGCCUCAGGUUAAUCAGGUCCCAAACAUCCAGACUCACAAACAGCUUCUUCCCCAGGGCUAUUUAGACUGUAAACAAACACUAUACCCCACAUAGUAUUUGCCUUAUUCUUUAUUCCUGCUGUAUUACUAUUUAUAUUUGGCCUGGUGCAACCACAAUUUAUUUGUAUAUGUACACUGACAAUAAACAGCUAUUUUAUUCUAUUGAGGGAUUAUGGAUGGACGUUCAGCUAAAGUAGAUGCUAUAAUAAGUCAUGGUUGGUUCUUCAGAUAACAAUCAACAAAACAAACAUUUAAGGUAUUUAUUUAAGCUGUUCAGUUUUUAGCAGUUACUGUGAGCAGUUUCACAUUUUACUGUAUUCCCUCUGGCAAAAACUGUCAUUACUGCAGGCUGUCAGAGUCAUUACUGGCUCUGACAGUAAUGCUUGCUGUAAUGUUUUUUAGCUUGACUGAACAGAUUUAGUCAAGCUUGAAACACCCCCGAGGUUUUACUCUAGCUGUUUUUGCAUUUUUACUUUAAGUGCAUUUUGUUCAGCAGUUUAGCUAUGGUAAUUUUAAGACCAAAAUUCAUGAUCAAUUUCUCAUUUGUGUGUGUAUAUAUAGACAUAUACGUACAUUUCCUGUAAAUAAUUAGGUAAAAACGGGCCACAAUUGAAGGUUAAUCAUGUGUAAAAUGUAAACUACUUCAUGAAACUGUAUUUCUUUUUGGGUAAAUCACUGUGGCGACUUAUGUCAAAUUCAUAACCUUGUCUUAUUUUUAGUGCUGUAUUUUUCUAUGUUCUUUUAAGAUUUUUCAUUAUCAACUGAUAACAGCUGAUUGGAGCAGGUGGCACUCGUAGGGACCAUUUCCUGUUGAAGAAGAGUCACAUGACCAAAUUUAUGUGAGGAUACAUGAAGUCUGAAGCAUAAAGCCCAGCAGACAGAGAAAGUAGAUGAACACUAUUAUGAUAACCAUCAUCUCUAACAUGGGUUUUAGGUUUUAUUAAGCCAGCUAAUACAAAGAAAGCCUGACUGCACUGAACUUGGUUUGUGGAUGACCCCUUUGGGCAGUACUUUGUACUGUCCUGGUGCUCCAGGAACCCUGGAGGGUUGUGUAAGCUGGUUCAGCUCAGCAGACAAAAGCUAAAAAGAGUUUUGAAAGAUGGUUUCAUUUAAUUACUCUCAAAUCAAAACCAGUCGGUCAUGUCUCGUCCAACUGUAAGGGUAACACCUUCACUCAGACAUGAUCGAAUGGGACUUAUUUAUUGGUAUAAAACAGUGGGCACUAAAUAAAUAACUAUUUGGUCAGGUGGGAUACAGACUUGCCUGUUUUUUAGGGUUGGUUAUUUCCAUGAUGUGUGCAUAGUUCAUAUUGAACAUAAGGACAUAGUUAAAUGAAAUACUUAUUUGUAAAAAGAAACAUCCAUCCAUCCAUUUUCUUCCACCUAUCUGGGGCUGUGUUGCUGGGGCAUCCGCCUAAGCAGAGAAGCUGAGCCUGCCUUACCACAGCAACCUCCCUCUAGCUUGUCAAGGGGAAUGCCAAGGCGUUCCCGACCAGCCGAGAGAUAUUAUCUCUCCAGCGUGUUCCACAUAUUGCCUCCUUCCAGUGGGACAUAACCGGAACACUUUACCCUGGAGGCAUCCUUGUCAGAUGCCUGAAUCACCUCAACUGGCACCUUUUGAUGUGGAGGAGUAGCAGCACUGCUCUGAACCUCUACCAAAUGGCUGAUGUCCUUACCGUAUCUAAGGGAGAGGCCAGCCACCCUUCAUUUCCUCCACUUUUAUCUGCAAUCUGUUCUUUCAAAACAAUAACACUAAAGUCCAAACAUUACAAAUGAGAUAAAUAUUUUUUUCACAUUGCAAACAGUCUUUUUACACUAAAUAUUUCAUUAUGCAUAUUCACCAGUGUGACUCAGCAGUGCUUGGCUUCUCUCUCUGUAGUUCACUGCUUAUCCAUUACAUGUGAGGAAUUCUUGGUAAAUGCAGUGUUUAUACAUUUAAACAGUUUUGCUUUAAGUGCCUCUACAGCUUCAUUAAGUGAUUUUUAAGAGUUUUAGCAUCAAUGAUCCACAGAAGUUCAAAACAAUCGUUACAAAAAUAAAAAAUAAAAAUUUUGGCAAUUUUUUUUAAGUUACAGACUGACGUGAACACAGAGUGGACUCAUACAAGCAAAGUAGUGUGGUAGAUGUCUGUGAAAGUUCUGUCAUCCAGGUCAUCAUAGUCUAAGGAGCUUGGAAGAUGUUUCACUUCUCAUCCGAGAAGCUUCUUCAGUUCUAAGAGCAAUUAGUGGAGAGUCCCAGAUUUUAAGACCUAUGGGAUUGUUGUAAGAUUUUAUGUUUUAUGUGUUUUAUUCGUUGUUUAGUUAUCUUUAAUUUUCAAGCAUAUUGUAAAGUGUUUAUAUAUUUCACAAAAUUUGCUGUACUUCCCCAUUUCACUGUGAUGUGAACUGACAGUGAACCCUGCAACACAAACUAUCUAAGCAGAAAACAAAUGCAACACCUAAACCACAAGAGUUCAAAAAUGCACAGCCAUACACACAUCUGACUCACACACACCCACACACAACCGUUGGUUUAGAGGAACUUGCUUAAAGAAAAUGUGAUGUGUUUGCAUACGCGAUGUAACCUAUAAAUAAAGAACUGUCGGCUGCAGUCAGUGUGUGUCUCGCCAGAGUUUUCACCCGUGCACGUCGCUGUUAUUAUAUUCUAACUGUCUGAGUGUCUUUAUUCAGCCUGAAGAAUGUCUUAUUAAAAAUAAACUCCUGACAGGGAUUGUCCCCAAGAGGGUCACGGACCCCCUAUUGAUCCUCUACCUAAUCACACAAGCCAAGGUGUGAAAACGGGUGUGGGUCAUAAUCACUGAACCCAUUGUGAAGCCUAGCCCCACCCUAUCAUGUGAUUUACUGAGGUCAAGUAUGUGAAUGGGUGUUAAGGCGUCUGGGAAGGGAUCUCAAAACUGGAUUAUAGAUUCCAAGUGUACUUCAGACGCAGCCACACACAGACAAAAACUGGUUCAUCCUAAAUAUAAAACACACAAUCUUAACAAUGUAGUGUAUGCUGUACAGUGUAGCGAGGAAUGCUCAGACCUCUACAUUGAAGAGACCAAACAGCCACUUCAUAAAAGCUUAACACAACAUAGAACAGCAACCUCAAUGGGACCAGACUUGGCUGUCCCAGUCACUCUUUCGAGGAUGCCAAUGUUCACAUUUUGGACAGAGAAGACAGAUGGUUUGAAAUAGGAGUGAAAGAAGCCAUCUAUGUCAACUGUGAAUGACCUUCUUUGACGGAAGUGGUGGCUCUGUUCAUUGUGUGCACAAUGAACAGAGCCAAUACUUCUGUUCAAAGUCAUCUAUAAUCCAGUUUUAAAAUCCCUUCCAGAUGCUUUUUCUUUCCAAGCUCCUUAGACUAGUGUGGUAGAAAACUUUACCAAAACUAAGAAUGUCUUCACAAAAAAUGUAUUUCAAUUAAAAUUGAAUUGAUUGAAAUUCAUUGGACUUUUGGCACAUCUCACAUUUUUUGCCCUCUCUGUGCAUUUCACAUUGAGCCUCAUUCAUG